AUGGUCUUUUUGGGAAGGAAACCUGCAAGGCGCAUCGUGGCCGCAGCGCUGUUCCUCACCGCGCUGUUUUCGCUGCAUGCGGUACGACGAGGGCUGAACAGGAAGAAUCGAAGCAGUUUGACGCGCGAUGUGGGUGCUCAGCUAUUAUCCGAAUGGGCCCUGAAGUCCUCAGACGAUAAGACAAAGACGACCGUUCGCGGGAACCAAGACAAGUCGAAUGACUUCGUUUCACCCGAACAAGCCUGCUCUGCGUAUUUCGCUGCUCUUUAUGCUGCAGAACCGCUCUGGUGGAAUGACUACCGCGAAAAUACAGCACCUUCGGGCGAUAUGGCUCACGAGUACGAGGCAGAAAAUUUAAGACUCAUCUUAGAACGUAUCCGCGUCUUCGAGGCAUGCCAAAAACUGAACGCUUUACCCGCUGCCCAGUUUGCAGAUCUGGACACCCGCAUGUUCCCGUAUCUAAGACCCAAUAAGACCCCCAUAUUCACAUCCGGAAAUCUAUUGACAAAGUACGAAAACGGAGCUGUCCCAUACGUGGGCGGAGCUCCGCAGGACUCUUUUAAAUUCUACUUUGAUCCAAAGCUAAAUUUUGUGGACAAUUGGAGGCGACUAUGUCAAAAGUCAACCGGUUCCAACUCACGAGGCAUUGUACUGUCUUUUCCGGACUCCCACGUACCGCUGGUGAUACGUUUGUUGAAGGUACUCUCUCAUCAGGGAAAUCAACUUCCCAUCCAGAUCGUUCACAAAGGUGAUUUGUCCUUGAAAUCCCAGCGCAAAGUCUCUCAAUCGUUACCAGCAAACCAGAAGUUAUGGUUUGUCAACGUGAAACCCAUGCUGGACGAGAGGUUUGCUUCAGACUUUUCUUCCUAUCGUAAUAAAUGGCUGGCCGUGCUUUUCAGUACUUUUGAGGAAAUCGUGUUUGCAGACGUCGACGCAGUGUCCAUUCUACCCAUGUCUUAUUAUUUCGCUUUUGAAGAGUACACUACAACAGGCACUCUUUUCUUCAAAGAUCGCGCCUUCGGCCAUAAGUUUGAUUUUCCUUACUGUGUUCCCGAACUGCAGUCAUUACAGGCCACACCUUUCGAAGGCAAGUACUUUAAUCAUCCUAGGUCAAUAGACAAGCAGCUUAUGCUUUCAAUGAGCCCCACCACAGAGCACAACAUCAUACAAAGUCUAUUUGUUGGCCACCAACGACACCACAUGGACAGUGGACUUUUCGCCUUGGACAAAUCAAAGCAUAUGUAUGCGCUUCUGGCAGGGGUUUUUUUGAAUUUGGCGCCAAAGCUCUCAAGAUGUACUCAUGGGGAUAAAGAAUCGUUGUGGCUAGCAUUCCUCUUAACCAACCAUGAGUAUAAAUUCCAUAAAACACCAGCGAGUGCCUUGGGUAAAGCUGAUGAUUCAAAUGAGGUUUGUUCUAUUCAAGUGGGCCACACUACUUCGGAAGGUAGCCUGCUAUGGUUCAAUAGUGGAUUCAAAUUCUGCAAAUUCACAGACGGCAUAGAUUAUGAUUGGAGUGCAUACAAGCAAGAUGAGCUUCACGAUCGGUUCUCCUCUAUCGAUCACGCAAGAGAAUAUUACGAGUCAAUGAUCAGCAUAGAAAAUGCUGUUGUGCCAGAUGUAUCUGUGAACCCGUGGGGUGGAGGCUUUACCGAUCUUUGUAUCGGCUACACAUAUUGUGCUAAAUACUCACCUGGAGCUGGCGAGAUGUUCUCAUUCUCGGCCGACGAUCAAAAGUUAUUCAAUGAACUAGGUAAGAUAUGGAUGGGCGCGACCGACGACGGUGUUUCCUUCUACAGCUAA